AUGGGAUCCCCAUGGAGCUGGUGGAGCUGGUGGGCCGUCUGGGCUGGAUCAACCCUCCUAUGGGCUCGGCUCACCCAGGGAGAGGCUUCCUGCCGAGGCAUUCCGUGCACAUCUGGCCAGAGCUGCCAGAUGGUGAGUGGGAAGGCCAGGUGUGUGGCAGAGUCCACGGCUGUCUGCCGCGCCCAUGGCGACCCCCACUACACCACCUUCGAUGGCCGCCGCUAUGACAUGAUGGGCACCUGCACCUACACCAUGAUUGAGCUGCACAGCUCCAGAGAGUCCCUGCUGGCCUUUAAAGUGGAAGCCAAGAACGAACACCGGAGCACCAGAAAAGUCUCCUAUGUGCGCUUGGUCACCGUGUAUGCCUACAACCACACUGUGUCCCUCGCCUAUGGAGAAGUAGGCCUUUCCCGGAUCAACUACCAGUACUCAAGCCUGCCUGCCUCCCUGAGUGACGGCCGCCUGCGUGUGUACCAAAGCGGGAUGCAGGGCGUGGUAGAACUGGACUUUGGGCUGGUGGUCACUUAUGACUGGGAUAGACAGCUGAUGCUGAGGCUGCCCAAGCGCUUCCAAGACCAGGUAUCUGGGCUGUGUGGCAACUAUAACGGCGACCCCGCCGACGACUUCCUCACGCCCGACGGGAAGCAAGCUUCUGACAGCCUAAACUUUACCAAAAGCUGGAAGGUGGACGAUGACGACAUCUUAUGUGACGACGGCUGUUAUGGCAAUUGUCCCUCCUGCACCGCAAGCCAGGGCCAACUCUUCCAGAAAGACCUUUUCUGUGGCAUGCUAACUCUGCCCACAGGCCCAUUUGCCGACUGCCAUAAAUUCCUGGACCCCAAGCCUUUUAUGGAAGACUGUGUGUAUGACAUGUGUAUAACAGGAGGGGAGCGGCUCAGCCUGUGCCACGGCCUGAGUGCCUACGCUCAUGCCUGUGUGGACCUGGGCAUCCCUGUCCGGGAGUGGAGGUCACGAUCCAACUGCCCCCUGACCUGUCCGGCCAACAGCCACUAUCAGCUCUGCAGCCCUGCCUGCCCAGCCUCCUGCAACUCGGAAGCUGCACCUACCAACUGCUCUAGGCGCCCUUGCGUGGAGGGCUGCGUGUGCCUUCCGGGCUUCUUGGCUAGUCGCGGCCUCUGUGUGCCUGCCUCGUCCUGCGGCUGCAUCUACCAGGGCCGCCUGCUGGCCCCGGAUCAGGAAGUGUUCUCAGACUCCUGCAGGCACCGCUGCACGUGUGAUGGAGCCACUCAGAAGGUGACCUGCAGGGACGCAUCGGGAUGUCUGCCUGGCGAGCGCUGUGAGGUACAGGAUGGCUUCCUAGGCUGCCACCCGGAAUACUAUGGCGUGUGCCGGGCAUCGGGAGACCCGCACUACAUGAGCUUGGAUGCUCGGCUCUUCAAUUUCAUGGGCACGUGCUCGUACUUGCUCACCGCCUCCUGCGGCCAGCACCCGUCCCUCUCGGACUUCAAAGUGGUGAUGGAAAACGAGCGCCGCGGAAGCCAGAGCGUGAGCUUCGUGCAUGCUGUGCAGAUGGAGGUCUACGGCGUGAAGUUGGGCAUUCGCCGAGAAUACCCAGGCAAAGUGCUGGUGGACGGCAUCCUUCAGUUCCCGCCCUUCCAAGCCGCGGGCGGGAAGGUCGUGGUGUUCCGCCAAGGCCAGUACUGCAUCCUGCGGACGGACUUUGGUCUGCUUGUCAGCUACAACUGGGACACCCAUGUGACCGUCAAGGUGCCCAGCAGCUAUGCUAAGGCCGUGUGUGGGCUCUGCGGGAACUUCAAUGGGAACCCACGUGACGACCUGGGCAAACAGCACCAAGGGGAGGCCCUUGACCCUCGAGAGUUCGGGAAGAAGUGGCUGGUGACUAAGAGGCCGGGCUGCCGGACGGAUGAGCAGCUUCUGUGUCCUGACAUAAACAAGGACAUAGUGAAGGAAUACCAAGACAGGUGCAGGAUCCUCUCCGCCUCGCAGGUCCCGUUCAAGGACUGCUGGAAUGUGGCGGCGUUCAACAGCGCCCUCAUAGAGUGCAUUUACGACAGCUGCCAGAUGCCGGGCCAAAAUAAGCCGGUGUGCGACUCCCUGACCACGUACACCUCCAUAUGCCAGGAUAACGAGGCCGUUGUGCGUCCGUGGAGGACGGAGAGACUUUGCCCAAUGCCCUGCCCACCUCACAGCCACUAUGAGUUAUGUCAUCGAGGCUGCCCAUUGACCUGCGGAGACAUGCUAGUGCCUGGAGGCUGUGGCACAAAAUGCUACGAGGGCUGUGUCUGUGACGAAGGCUUUGUCCACAGUGGUGAGACCUGUGUGCCUCUAUCUUCCUGCGGGUGUGUAUUCCAAGGCAUUUAUUACCCGGCGGGAGUUGACUUCUAUCCUGGCCCUGAGUGUAACUCCCUUUGCCACUGUCAAAAAGGAGGCCUGGUGUCCUGUCAAGCCUCGUAUUGCAGCCCACACGAAGUCUGUAAGGUGUCCGACGGUGUCCUGAGAUGCGUGGGUGUGGGCUCUGCCACCUGCCAGGUGUCCGGGUCUUCCCAUUACACCACCUUUGAUGGCCGCCACUUUGACUUUAUGGGAAACUGUGUGUAUGUGCUGGCUCAGACCUGCUGGACCCGGCCCGGUCUGCAACAGUUCACAGUACUGCAGGAGACUAUGGUCUGGGACAACAAGCAAGCCAGCGUGACCAAAGCGGUCACCAUCCAGGUGGCCAACUACACCCUGCAGCUGGAGCAGAAACAGUGGAAGAUCAAGGUGAACGGUGUAAGCGUGAAGAUGCCUGUGGUGCUGGAUGGGGGCAGUGUUCAGGCCUUCCAGCAUGGCACAGAUGUGGUGAUCACUACCAGCUUCGGCCUGCACGUGUCCUACGAUCUCAAAUACAACGUGCGUGUCACCAUCCCCCGCAACUACUAUAAACACAUGUGUGGCCUGUGUGGAGACUACAAUGGUGACCCCAAAAAUGACUUCCGGAAGUAUGACGGCUCACAGGCAGCCAGUCCCAAGGACUUGGGUGACUCCUGGGAGAUUGCUCUACCGGGGGGUUCUUCCUGCACGCCCUGGCCCGCGUGCAAACCAGGCCAGGACUGCAACCCAAAGUGCAGCCCGCCUCUGGAAAAUAAGUACCGUGAGAAAGAGUUCUGCGGGCUCCUCGCCGACCCCACGGGGCCCCUGGCUGACUGCCACAAGCUGUUAGAGCCCCAGGAUCCCUUGCAAGACUGCGUCUUUGACCUCUGCCUGGGCGGCGGGAACCUGAGUGUUCUCUGCGACAGUAUCCAAGCCUACGUGAGCGCCUGCCAUGAGGUUGGAGGACGUGUCAAGCCAUGGAGAACCAAAACCUUCUGUCCAAUGCAGUGCCCCCCUAACAGUCACUACAAGCUCUGCGCGGAUACCUGCUCCUUGGGCUGUUCAACCAUCACCACUCCGUUAAAGUGCCUGAACACGUGUGCCGAGGGCUGUGAGUGUGACUCUGCUUUCCUGCAGAGCAUCACAGCCUGUGUGCCCAUGGAGAAAUGUGGCUGCUACUACAGCGGGGUCUACUAUGAGCCAGAGGACUCAGUUCUCAUUGAAAGUUGCCAGCAAUAUUGUGUGUGCCGUUCAGGCAAAGGCAUGGUGUGCCAUAAUCACAGCUGCAAGUCUGGACAGCGGUGCGAGUCCUUAGAAGGCGUCCUGACCUGCGUCACCAAAGACCCAUGCCAAGGUGUUACCUGUAGGUCACAGGAAACGUGCACAGAGAAAGGUGGCAAAGGUGUGUGCAUACCCAACUACGACUCCAAGUGUUGGGUUUGGGGAGACCCUCACUACUACUCCUUCGAUGGCUGGAGCACUAACUUCCACGGGACCUGCAGUUACUUGCUGGCAGGGAGUAACUGUCCUGGGGCCACCGAUGAGGGACUGGCCGUCUUCACUGUUGUCACCAAGCACGAGAGCCAGGGAAACCCUGCUGUGUCCAACGUGAAGAGGGUCACCGUAGCUACCUACAAUACCACCAUUGCCAUCCGCAAGAAAGAGAUCGGCAGAGUCCAGGUGAAUGGAGUUCUGAUGGCCUUGCCUGUCCACUUGGCUGGUGGGCGGAUUUCAGUGGUUCAUGGAGGCUCAAGGGCCGUGCUGGUGACUGACUUCGGCCUUCAGGUCACCUAUGACUGGAACUGGAGGGUACAGGUCACACUGCCCAGUAGCUACUAUGGUGCAGUGUGUGGGCUCUGUGGAAACAUGGACAUGAACCCCCAAAAUGACCAAGUUUUCCCUAACGGCACAGUGGCACCCUCGAUACCCACCUGGGGCGGCAGCUGGCAAGUUCCAGGGUGGGACCCUCUCUGCUGGAACGAAUGUCACGGGUCCUGUCCAAUGUGCCCAGAGGACCGAGUGGAGGAGUAUGAGGGUCCUGGCUUCUGUGGACCUCUUGCCCCUGACUCAGUGGGCCCCUUUGCCAGCUGCCAUAGCCACGUGCCUCCUGAAAGCUUCUUCAAGGGCUGCGUGCUGGACCUCUGCCUGGGUGGUCAAGUCAAAGACAUCCUAUGCCAAGCACUGAAUGCCUACGCCGAGGCCUGCCAGGCUGCUGGCAUCAAAAUCAAGAAAUGGAGAGCCCAGGCUGGCUGUGAGAUCUCCUGCCCUGACAACAGCCACUAUGAGCUCUGUGGCCCACCCUGCCCAGCCAGCUGCCCACCCCCAGCACGCCACACAACCCCACCUGUGUGUGACGGGCCCUGUGUGGAGGGAUGCCAGUGUGACCAGGGCUUCGUCUUGAGCGCCGAGCAGUGUGUUCCCUUGGACGGCGGCUGUGGCUGCUGGGUCAAUGGCACAUACCACGAAGCAGGCACUGAGUUUUGGACUGAUGCCACCUGCUCUGAGAGGUGUCGCUGUGGACCUGGAGGUGACUCCUUAGUCUGCAAGUCUGCCAGCUGUGGGCUGGGUGAGGAGUGUGCCUUGUUGCCCUCUGGCCAGCUAGGCUGCCAACCUACAAGCACAGCUGAGUGCCAAGCCUGGGGUGAUCCCCAUUAUGUCACCCUCGAUGGUCACCGGUUUGACUUCCAAGGCACCUGCGAGUACCUCCUGAGCGCACCCUGCCAUGCACCACCCUCGGGGACUGAAUACUUCAAUGUCACUGUGGUUAAUGAGCACAGGGGCAGCCAGGCUGUCAGCUACACCCGCAGUGUGACUCUGCAUAUCUAUGGCCUCAGACUGACCCUCAGUGCCCAGUGGCCACGGAAGCUACAGGUGGACGGAGAGAUGGUGAUGCUGCCUUUUCAGCUGGACUCACUGUUGCUCAUCCAUCUGAGCGGCACAGCAGUGGUGGUACACACCACCUCGGGGAUCGCCCUGCUUUUUGAUGGAAACAGUUUCCUGCGCCUGCACGUGCCUGCAGCCUAUGCAGGCGCCCUCUGUGGCCUGUGCGGAAACUACAACAAAGAUCCCAGCGACGACCUCACAGCAGUGGGUGGCAAACCUGAGGGCUGGCAGGUGGGAGGAACACCAGGCUGUGAUCAGUGCCAGCCUGGGCCCUGCCCACAUUCCUGCACACCUGAGCAACAGGAGCCCUUCCGUGGCCUUGACACCUGCGGCAUAAUCUCGGACCCCAAAAGCCCGCUAGCACCCUGCCACAGCCUUGUGCCACCCACACAGUACUUUGAGGCUUGCUUGCUGGAUGCCUGUCAGGUUCAGGGCCAUCCAAGUGGCCUCUGUCCUGCUGUGGCCACCUAUGUGGCAGCUUGUCAGGCUGCCGGGGCCCAACUUGAAGAGUGGAGGAAGCCAGACUUCUGUCCGUUUCAGUGCCCUGCCAACAGUCACUACCAGCUCUGUGGUGACUCCUGCCCUGUGAGCUGCCCGACCCUCUCAGCCCCCAAGGGCUGUGAAUCCACCUGCCGUGAGGGCUGUGUCUGUGAUCCUGGCUUCGUGCUGAGUGGUGACACCUGUGUGCCCGUGGGCCAGUGCGGCUGCCUCUACGAAGGACGCUACCACCUGCUAGGUGCCACCUUCUACUCAAGCUCCGAGUGUGAGUGGCUCUGUGAGUGCGGGCCAGGCGGUGAUGUGAACUGCCAGAUGGAGACCUGUGGGGUCUAUGAGGAGUGCCGGAUAGAGGAGGGCAUCUGGGGCUGCCGUCCCAAAAGUUCUAAGUUUAUGUUGGUCCUCGGGGGUACCCAUCAUGCCACCCUUGACGGACUGGUGUAUGACCUUCACGGUUCCUGCUCUUACAUCUUGGCCCAAGUUUGUCACCCAAAACCUGGUGAUGAGGAGUUUUCCAUUGUCCUUGAGAAGAACUUGGCUGGUGAUCUCCAGCGGGUGGUGGUGACUGUGGCGGGCCAGGUUGUGGUCCUGGCUCAAGGACCACAGGUGACCGUGGAUGGUGAAGCUGUGACGCUACCCGUCAGCGCAGGCUCCAUAUACAUAACUGUUGAAAGCCGAAACAUGUUUCUACAGACAAAAAGGGGGCUGGAACUUCUCUUUGACGGUGACGACCACGUCCUCAUGUCCAUCCCUAGUCCUUUCCACGGGCGUCUCUGUGGCCUCUGUGGGAACUUCAACGGAAACCAGAGCGAUGACUUUGUGCUGCCCAGUGGAGCGGCAGCCCCCAGCGUGGAGGCCUUCGGAGCUGCCUGGCGAGCUCCCGGCUCCUCCCUGGGCUGUGGUGAAGGCUGUGGGCCCCAGGGCUGCCCUGUGUGCUUGGCAGAGGAGACACAGAAAUAUGAGAGGAAUGAAGCCUGCGGGAUGAUCCGGGACCCCCAAGGCCCCUUUGCAGCCUGCCACAAGGUCUUCUGUCCCUCAGAAUAUUUCCACCAAUGCGUGUAUGACAUGUGUGCCCACAAGGGCCGGAAAGCCUAUCUCUGCCGGAGCCUGGCAGCCUAUACUGCAGCCUGUCAGGCAGCUGGUGCCACAGUGAAGCCCUGGAGAACAGACAGCUUCUGCCCUCUCCAGUGUCCUGCCCACAGCCACUACUCUGUCUGCACACGGUCCUGCCAGGGCUCCUGUGCCGUGCUCUCUGGCCUCACUGGCUGCACCACUCGCUGCUUUGAAGGAUGUGAGUGUGACGAUCACUUCCUGCUCUCCCAGGGUGUGUGCAUUCCCACACAUGACUGCGGCUGCUCCCACAAUGGUCAAUAUAUGCCGGUGAACUCCUCGCUGAUGGCCUCAGACUGCAGCGAGCGUUGCUCUUGCUCCCCAAGCACCGGCCUGACAUGCUAUGUAGCUAGCUGCCCAUCUGGCCACGUCUGUGAGAUCCAAGCAGGAGUCCGGGAUUGUUGGCCAGCCGAUGGUCUCUGCUCCCUGUCUGUGGAUGCCAUCCUUACUACUUUCGAUGGAGCUCACAAUACCAUCAGCUCCCCUGGUGUCUACGAGCUUUCUUCUCGAUGCCCUGGACUCCAGAAGAGCGUGCCCUGGUACCGUGUGGUUGCUGAUGUCGAGCCUUGUCAUGGCAACAACAAGAUCAUGAGCGAGGUCCACAUCUUCUUCCAGGACGGGAUGAUAACUGUGAUCCCAAGCAAGGGCGUGUGGGUGAACGGUCGCCGCGUGGACCUCCCAGCUAACGUGUUAACAUCUGUGUCUGUGAGGAGGCUGCCCGAUGGCUCCAUGCUUGUCCGCCAGAAGGCCGGGGUCCAGGUGUGGCUUGGACAAGAUGGGCACCUGGAUGUGAUGGUCAGUGACAGCCAUGCAGCCAUGCUGUGUGGGGCCUGUGGAAACUUUGAUGGGGACCAGGCUAAUGAUAUGCAUAAAUCUCACAAGAAGAUUCCGAUGGAGAAGUGGAGGGCGCAGGACUUCUCCCCAUGGUGA